UAUUAUACAAAAUGUAGAUAAAUUGAUUAUGAAAUACUUUAGCGGACUAUCAAAGGGAGGCUAUAUUUUAACUUUUUCUUGUAGAAGUACCCUAUAAUUUAACCUUUAUGUGCAGAUUAUUUUCUUUAGAAACCUGUUGAACCAUGGUUGAAUAUAAACAUGGUCCAUUGCCAUACCAUAUCACUGUAAUUGCCACAAUUACACUUCUUGUGUUAUUUGUGAAAUACAGGCUGAAUACACCCCAAAUAUUUGUAUGUUUUAAAUAACUUUAAAAUCAGAGGCUAAUCUACAUGACAGAAUGAAAAUAUUGUUUUGAGGUUGUUGAUUUAAAUGGUAAUUACAUUUCAAAUAGGACACACAUCUGGAAGUAAUGGAUAACUAUGGAUCCAAUAAUGCGCAUUUAAACCAAGGUUACAGCCCAGAUAUUGAGAAUACUUCAAGAAUGGAGUCAUCAAUGACGGGGAAUAACUCUGCAUCACCAGAGAGGGGAGAUGAUCAACAAUUCAGGGGCAGUAACUCCUCUUCUCGGGCCCACUUUGAGAAGAAUCCAUUGAGCCAUUCCCAUGGACACAACAUCCACAUGCCAAAACAUGUGUAUGACAGGUACCCAAACAGAAUGGGUGACCAGCCUUAUUUGGAGGACAAACCGGACAGUGCUAGAGGCUGGCAGCAACAGGGGGAUGAUGUACCCAUCGAUAUUGAGAUGCACACACUGUACAUUCCUAAGCAUGAUGGCGGAAAGACUUUAAUGCGUCGGCGUCGGACCUCCUCCAAGCGGAGGUCGUCGUCACGGAAAAAAAAAAAUGAGCACAUGGACAUGAAUGAUCUCCUUGAUGAUGAAGACAACCACCUGCUGCCAAGUCUCCGCAUGCAGCGCAGGCAGCGGAUCAAGUCACUGAAGGACCGUCGCCAUGACCUUGAGGAUGAAAAGCGAGCGGAGGACGAAGAGGAGGAGACACUGAAGCAGCGUUUUCAGAACAUGAAGAAUAGGGACGACAUCGGCACCUCCCACCUUGCUGACCUCCUUCGGUCCUCGACGUUACGCAAGAUGAAGAAAAUGACUGACUGGAAAGAACCAAGGGUGUUUGAACCAAAACAUAAUAGGAGAAUGGAAAGACUGAAAAGACGAAAACGUGAACUAUUGUCACGAUUUUCAGUAUGGCUGACGUCAUUCAAAAUCAUUGAAGGCAAGUUUGGGACUGCAGUGAUGAUUUAUUUCCGCUUCAUCCGCUGGCUCUUCUUCCUCAACCUAUUCCUAACCCUUGUCUGGAUCUGUGUCAUUAUCAUCCCCUUCCUGGCCCAGGGAUCCAUCUCAUUUUCCCAGACUGUGAACAUCCCAACCAUAAACUCCACCAACUACCACGGUUUGGCCACAAACUGCACGAAUGAAUAUCACGUGUACAGUAGCACUAUACAGAAGAAGGAUUCGACAUUUGAAAAAGUGUUGGAUGUCCUGCAGGGAACUGGUUGGAUGGAGCGCACAGUGCUGUUUUACGGAUACUACUACAAUAGCACACUUAAGGAGGGGCAUGAGGAUUACUACAACUACAACAUGGGCCUGGCAUACCUUCUCUCAUUUGGAGUUUCUUUCCUUGUAUGUCUCCUGCUCAUUGUGAGGAGUUCAGCACAGUCUGUGAAAACAACAUUUGGUUUGGAGACAUCAGUGGCAGCCUACACUAACAGGGUUAUUGCGGGCUGGGACUUCGCCAUCUCCAAUAAGAAGGCUGCCAAGGUCAAGAAGGCAAACCUAUACUUUGAAUUCAAGUCGAGCCUGGAGGAGGAGACAAACAAGAGACGUCGGGAGGAUCGAACUGCCAACGAGGUGGCCACCAUUACAUUUAUCCGCAUCAUGGUUCACAGCACUGUUCUUGGACUCCUGGCUGGGUCACUCUUCCUUGUGUACUAUACUACUGACAAACUGCUACAGCUGCAAGAGCGUGACUUGAGUGAGAUAGUGGCCCUGAUUGUACAGUACCUGCCGUAUCUGACCAUCACCGUGCUCAACUUUUCCAUCCCCAUCGUGUUCCAGAAACUAGUUGUCCUCGAGGAUUACUCACCCAACCUCGCACUCAAGCUUACUCUCUUCAGGUCCAUUAUAUUACGGCUUGCAUCGCUGGUUGUGCUGAUAAUAUCGCUGUACCGUCUCCUCAUUAGCAACUCUGACCCCGAGGCAGGCUUCUGCGGGAACAGACUCUGGGAAAAAACUGCAACUGAUGUCAAAGGAAGCAUAAAGUGUUGGGAGACGUAUGUGGGACAGCAGAUCUACAAGCUGGUCUUGCUGGAUCUGAUUGUGGAGACGAGCAUUGUUGUGUUCAUACAGCUUCCUCGCAGGUUAAUCUUUGAUAGAUUUGGCGAUACUUGGCUCAUCAAAAAGAUAGGACCCAAUGAGUUUGACCUGCCACAAAGCGUUAUAGACAUCAUAUACUCCCAAACUCUCUGCUGGUUGGGGAUGUUUUUCAGCCCUCUAAUCCCACUAAUGACUUUCAUCAAAUGCUUCAUUUUCUUCUACCUUCGAAAGUGGGCCUUGAUGUAUUUGAAUGCAAAGUGGUCGUUGCUGUCCCACUGCGCCCAAACAGAGAACACGUACCGCACAUCACGCUCACACUCCCUUUUCAUGUUUGUUUUGCUUCUAUCCUUUGUGUUCGCAUUCGCCCCAAUAGGAUAUAUGAUCAGCAGUAUGACCCCGAGUCAGAGUUGUGGACCUUUCCGGGUGUAUAGUUCCACAAACUACACAAUGUUCACUGCAUUGUCUAACGAAGUGGAGACAUGGCCAGGGACUCUAACCAAAUUUAUCUUCUUUCUCGGCUCAUCUGGAUUCUUCAUCCCUGCCAUUAUUCUACUUGGGUUACUGAUGUACUACUUUUGGUUACUAAGCCAAGGCUACAAACACAGAGAAAAGAUCCUUAGCGAGCAAUUGAAACUAGUUUCCAAAGAUAAACAGUUUUUACUGAACAGAGUCAAUGAAGUUUUAGUUAGUUCCACAUAGCAGCAGUGCACACACAAUCCAUAGUGUAUUACCUUAAGUGCUGAAAUGAACAACCAUAAUUGUCUAUUGCAAUUUAACCUAGGAUUAGUGCCGAUAAGAAAUGAACUCUAAAGUUAUGAAAAACAAGUUUUGCAAAAUAAUGUGCCUCUAUGGUUAGUGCCAAGAAAAAAUGAACUAAUAAUGAAAAUAAUGACAAACAAGUUUUGCAAAAUAAUGUGCCAAGAGUUUUAGCUCCAGCAGGUUUUGCACAAUUGUAAAGACAUUAACUACUGUUCAAACGUUUGGAAGUGAAAGUGUUGAUAUAGCAGAGGAUUUAUGCAUACAUUCUGUGAUUACUUUAUACAUGUACAUGUUUGUGUUUUUUCAACUGCCGCUCAAUUAUUCUGUGCCUUAUGUUUGGUGUAGAUAGCUGCUGUAUUUGAUGUCUUUCCAUACAAUAACACAUUGUCUGGGACAGUAUUAUUCAGGAAAUUGGCAUUCAGAAAUGUUCAGACACAGCCUUCCAGUCUUAUACAGAACAACCUGUUUAUUGUUUUUGCCUCUUUUAUCACCUUCAAUGCCAAUGCUCAUUCUGUUUUAAAAUAGCUGAUGGUAUUCCUUUUAAGUUCCCGGAGGUUAGGCCAAUUAAAAUCGCACUGUCUGCUCAUCCUGUUUUGGCAUGUCAGGGCUUUAACUUAGUGUUAAACAGUUGGAUUUUGAAAUUAACCUGGCUCAGAUGUUCAACAAACAAGGCAACAUGUUGUAGGCAAGACCCAUGUCCCUACCUUGAUGGUCAAUGUCACACCCUAAGGCUAAUUAUAACAGAAAGCUCCAUAUAUGCACAUAGCAAAUAGGGGGUUGUGUCAGAGCAGUAACUUUGUCAUGCAAGGGGGGAUAUUGUAUAAUAUGCCAUGUUCAGCAGACAAAGGUGACAUUGUAAGAUGCAGGUUCAUUGCUCUGGAUGUGUGACUUGCAAAUCCCUGGUCCUUACCUCAUAGUUCAUUGCUCCCCCACACUUGAAGUCAACAAUCAUGGGGUCUUACAUACAUGCUUAUUAACUAUGUAAGCACUUUCUGCAUGUAUUAUUUGAUAGACUGAGACCUUCUGAUUUACACUUACAUGAAAAUGUGCACCUCUUAAGACUUGAGUUUAUAUUAUAAGCUAAAAGUAGCUAACUUUCUGAAAACAACUGAUAUAGAUUAUAAACUGGUGUCUGUCAAAGUCUACAAAAUUCUCAAUGAUUGUAUAUGCUGACUGUAACUUGAACAUAAACUUAUACACACAAAUAUAAUUAAACCUAUUUUUAUUCUAAAUGAAGACAUGUUUGUCUAAAUUUUGUUUCCUUUUCCUAUAUGUUUGUAUUGUGCAAUAUACUAGUACCGGGGGUAUGUACAACUCUCAACAGAUAAAUACCAGUGGUGUUUCAUGGGAUUAAUCAGCUAAGGAGUUUAUAUAUAGUACCGUAAUAUAAUGUUUGGCAACAUUAUUCAUUUACAAAAUGAUUUAACACUGAAAUAUAUAUUUUAAGUUGUUUUCUUUAUAGGUCUGUUCACUUGUGAUUUUUUUAUUAUUUACAAAUCGGAUGAUUUCCACUUUCCAGCAGUUUUUUUCAAAAUGUUAGGCUUAUUUACAAUACGCCUUUAUAGAUAUCAUGUGUUACAAUGAAAGUGCAGUUGUCUGGAUAUACUCAUGUAAAUCUAUAUUUUACUCAUGUCUUCCAUCCAUUUCUAGCAUAUGUUUUUUCUUGUGCAUAUGUAUUUAAGUUUUAUUUACUCAAGUAAUUGCUUUCCCUAUUUGAUAUUAUGGAUAUUAUAUAUAACAAUUACAAUAAUAAGAAACUCAGUUCUGUCUGAACUAUGCAACUUUUAGCAUAUGCUCAUAGGAAAUGGUCUGUUAUUAGUAUAAAGUUUAUUGGUAUAUAAAGGCAUUUUAUUUUAUGUUAUUAUCUGAAAGCUUAUGUGAACCUGUUGGUUACUUUUGACUGUAAUUUAUACAAAUAUAGAAUGUUAUGUUACUUUGAACAAUGUUGAAUUGUUCAUUGUUUUUAUAUAUAAUAAAGGACAAUCUCAUAGAAAUG